UUUUCUUUGGUGGUAAGACACUUAUUUCAUUUACCACACCUCAGUUCUAGGAGAAGACAUGGAGACAAUCCUGAAUGUUCUUGGCUUGGGGUGGAUAGACAGCAGGAGCAUUUUGAUAUUCCUGUUUGUUUUUCUGCUGCUGGCAGAUGUUUUGAAGAACAGAGUGCCUAGAAACUUUCCGCCGGGACCGUGGUCUUUUCCUCUAGUUGGAGACCUUCCUCGCAUUAAAGCUUCAAAAAUUCACCUGCAGUUUAAAGAGUUUGCAGGGAAAUAUGGGAACGUUUUCAGUCUUCGUUUGUUUGGGGGAAGGAUUGUCAUCAUUAACAGCUACAAGCUCAUGAGAGAGGCUCUGGUCCAAAGAGGAGAGGACUUCACAGAUCGUCCCAGCAUCCCACUGUUUGAAGACACAGUUGGGAAUAGAGGUCUUGUAGGUUCCAGUGGUUAUCCAUGGAAGCAGCAGAGAAGAUUUGCUCUUCACACACUCAGAAACUUUGGUCUGGGAAAGAAAACCCUGGAGCGAUCCAUCCAGCAGGAGUGUCAGUAUCUCACAGAGGCUUUUGCUGAUCAACAAGGUCAGCCCUUUAAUGCCCAGAAACUGAUCAACAACGCUGUAUCCAACAUCAUCUGCUGUUUGGUCUUUGGGAACCGAUUUGAAUACAGUGACGAGCAGUUCCAGACCAUCCUGCAACUGUUCAACGAGUCAGUCUACUUAGAAGGGACUGUGUGGGCACAGAUGUACAACACAAUGCCCUGGCUGAUGAGAUGGCUGCCUGGACCUCAUCAGAGAAUAUUUACCAUAACAAAUGAGUUACUUAGUUUUAUUAAAGUAAGGAUCAACGAACACAAAGAGCACCUUGACCCGUCAUCACCGAGAGACUACAUUGACUCCUUCCUUAUAGAGAUGGGAGAGAAGGAAGACAAAGAUUCUGGAUUUGAUCUCGACAAUUUGUGUUUUUGCGUUCUGGACCUUUUUGGUGCUGGAACCGAAACCACCACCACUACUUUACACUGGGGACUGCUGUACAUGAUCUGCAACCCACAGAUACAAGAGCGUGUCCAGGCUGAAAUAGAUGCCGUGAUUGGUCCAUCCAGGCCGCCCUCUAUGUCUGACAGAGACAACAUGCCCUACACUGAUGCAGUUAUCCAUGAGAUACAGAGGAUGGGUAACAUCGUCCCCCUCAACGUGGCUCGCAUGGCUAACAAAGACACCACAGUGGAUAAAUACACCAUCCCAAAGGGUACCAUGAUUCUUGCUACACUGGACUCAGUUCUACACGAUGAGUCCAUGUGGGAAACUCCAAACACCUUCAAUCCGGAGCACUUUUUGGAAAAGGACGGCACAUUCAGGAAGAGAGAGGCCUUUCUUCCCUUCUCUGCAGGUAAACGUGUGUGCCUCGGGGAGCAGCUGGCCAGGAUGGAGUUAUUCCUCUUCUUCACCUCCCUCCUCCAGAGGUUUACAUUUACAGCCCCUGCAGGAGAGCAGCCCAGCCUGGAGUUCAAACUGGGAGUUACUCAUUGUCCCAAACCUUAUCGCCUCUGCGCCGUAUCUCGUUAAAACUCUGCCUGCAGACAGCAAAUUAAAAUGAAGUACUUUAGUAAGAAGGGAUCCUACAUGAUGUAUUCACAGAUUUUAGGGCUUCAGGAUAUUAUUGUGUGCUGACAUAUGCAUUUUCUGUUUUGCAAUAUUUCUUUCUGGAUUUGUCAUUUUACAAGUUGGAGCAGAACACAGUAACUAAGAAGGAGCUAAC